GGGGCCCUUAAAGAUGAAAUCAAAAGGUCACCUUUUGAACUCUCUUCAUCCUUGCGCUUCCUUGAAACCCCCUUCUCCCCGACUUCGAUUCAUCCGUUUCUUGGUUCUAAGAUGCGUUGGGGUCGCUCGUCGCCCCUCCAGUAUUCCCAGUCGAUUACCCUCUAUCUAAUUUAGAAUUUCCUUGUUUCUAUAGACUCGGCUUGCUUUUGCCCUAACCCACUGGCCUGCCUAACCGUUGUUUAUCCGAUCAUAUGGCGGUUUGGAAUGCCGGGCUGACCCUUAUUAUCAUUAUAGGCAGCUUGACGUUCGCAGAACCUGCUAAUGGUUCUUCUCCCCCAGCUUGCCCUGUUAGAUCUAUGACCGAAUCCAUCUUCAGGUCUCGAUAUUCGAGCUGUGGGGUAGAUGGCGCUGUAUUUGCCUCUAAUACUGUCAACAUCGUCGAGGGAGAUGAAGUUGAAUUGCAUAAGGCAUUGAAUAUGCUCUACACGAGGACUUACGAUAAUGUGGCCUUGCUAUUUUAUGCAUCAUGGUGUCCAUUCUCGGCAAUAGUUAGACCAAAGUUCUCUGUGUUAUCUUCUUUGUAUCCAUAUGUUCCCCACAUUGCUAUUGAUGAGUCAGUCAUCAAGCCAAGCACGCUCUCAAAAUAUGGAGUUCAUGGAUUUCCUACUCUCAUCCUUAUGAAUUCUACCCUGCGUAUGCGGUAUCAAGGUUCACGAACCCUUGACUCGCUUACUGCUUUCUACAUUGAUUUCACAGGCCAGAAGAUUACACCACUUGAUGGAAGCUUUAUGAAUGGAAUUUCUCAUUUACCAAAUAACAAUAAAAAUGAGAACGGUGAAGAAGAUAGCUGUCCAUUUUCAUGGGCAAAAUCCCCAGAGAAUAUGCUACAACAGGAGACUUACUUGGCUUUGGCCAUUGCAUUUGUGGUUUUGAGGUUGCUAUAUUUGGCAUUCCCCACACUACUGAUUUUGGUUCGAUUUGCAUGGAGAAACUGCAUCCUCUCUAUGAGAUUGAGAUACCUGUGGGAGACUCUUAUAGCUUUGUCAAACCGAAUUCUACAAUUGUUCAGUUCUUUAAAAGAUCCAUGUAAGAGAAGUAACUUGCAAGGAGGAGCAAUGAACGCUCAGGCAUGGGCUUCAAAGUCCCUGGCCUCAGUUACGUUUGGGGAUGCUAGUUCUAGUCGCUUGUAAGUUUGAAAUCCUGUUUUAAACUAAACCGCGUCUGACCAAGAUCUGAUUGAUGUUGCAUGUUUGUUCAUGAGAUAGAAAUUUUCGUUGUUACCCCCAUAUUCCUUUGUAAUUUGUUUAUCAAUAAGGCUUGAAGGGUUAGUUCUUUGCCAAGGUGAUGUUGUUUCAAGCAUAUUUUACAAUUAGGAAUGAAAGUGUGUUUUCAACAUGUACAAAAUAGUUGAAUAUUUUCUUCACUUAUUAUAUUUAUGUGGAAAAUCUGUUUAAUGUCA